UUUAUCUUAAAACGUACUCCAGCCAAGCCAGCAUGAGGUGGCAUGGCGACCAUGCCCUUUCUCUCUGUUGAGUCGCCCAAUAAAUAAAUCCCACUCCUACAACCACAAUCACCAUUACAAUCCCAACAAAGAUUUUUACUUGCAAAAUACAAAAACAGAGCUUUUCUUCAAUCCAGAAGCAGAAUACACCAUUUUCUUAUACAAAAAUGGAAGCGACGUUGUUUUCGUCCUCCGCUUGCUUUGCUGGGUCUCUUCCACUCCCUCCACUCGGCCAUCAAAAUCUCAAUCAGAGGUUUUUGUUUUCUACAACGCCCAAUCAGCAGGUCUGUAGCACUGCAAUCAAACAUAAGGUUUCCAGCUUUUGUCCAAAGGCUGCUCUAAGAGGGAAUUUAGAAGCGGUUGGAGUUCCGACUUCGGUGCCAGUUCGAGUUGCUAUCGAGCUUUUACAAGCAGGGCACCGCUACUUAGACGUCAGGACUCCUGAAGAAUUCAGUGCAGGACAUGCCCCUAGAGCUAUUAACAUCCCUUACAUGUACAAAGUUGGAUCAGGGAUGACAAAGAACCCUCACUUUCUGGCUGAAGUAUUAUCGCAUUUCAGAAAGGACGAUGAAAUUAUUGUUGGGUGUCUAAGUGGGAAAAGGUCCAUGAUGGCUGCAGCUGAUCUAUUAGCUGCUGGUUUCUCUGGUAUUACUGACAUAGCUGGUGGAUAUGCUGCUUGGACAGAGAGUGAACUCCCAAUAGAGAUGUGAAUCUGCUUCUUUUCUAUUCAGCCACAGCCUGAGAAAUAGAGGCUGUGUAAACCCUGAAAUCUCAUUUGCAGAUGCAAUAAGAUUAAAGAGGUAAGGUAACAGUAUAAUCCUGCUAGAAAUUGUACUGAAGACAAUACAUGGGUAAACUUAAAUAAAAAGCUCAUGUAUAAUCUGUAUUUAAAGGGGAAAAAAAAAAAAAAACAAAGAAAAAGAAAAAGAAAAAGAAAAGAACAUUUCAAAAUUGUAUAUUUUAUGUACAUAUCUCAAAUCGCAAUCGCUGGCUUGUUUGACUUAAUGGGAAUUAUAAUGUCUACUUUAUGCUUGAGAUCCCAA